AUGUUGGCGACAAGCUCAAUCAACGGCAACUCCUCAAAGGCCAUAAGUGCCAGCACACGCACCCUCAACCAACCACUAGAACACCAACAACAGCCACCAGUCCCUCUCCCCCGCCUCAUCGCCGCAAACGACAACAACAUCACCAAUACCAGUGCAGCGAACAUGAACACGCGUACAGCGCAAAGAACUCGUUCCUUACGCUCUCACAAACCACUGACCAUCACGACCCAGAAACCUACUACCGGCUCCGAAGGCAUCUCGCAGAUGCAACAAGGAGGCAGCGCACAGGAGAUAUAUACCUCAGUGAAGACCCCGCGAUCUGCCAGUGUGCGUCGUAAACCCGUGGCUGCCGUCCCUUGCUCACCCGUGGGCACCGCCCCUUCAACACCUCUUCCUCCUGGAAAACCACCUCUGCAGACUGCAAGAAUUAAUUCCGAUGUAUCGCCACCUGUAGCCAUGUCAGUCAAGGAGAGAGUUGUCCGAGCCAACAAUAACAAGAACAUCACUAACGGUGACCGCGACCAGGAUAUGUCUCAUUCAGCAGGAGUAGCGCCGUUCCUUUCCGGAAACAGCAGCAACAACCACACCAGCAACAACACUAUCACCUUGCAGAGAGGAAACUCGAUGAGACAGAGCAGUAACGGCAGCAGUAGCAGUGGACAUGGCAGUGGAGAGAGUAUCAACAGCUCCAGAAGUCUUGGUAGCGCCAGCAGCAAUGGAGGCGGACUCUUAUCCAGCAAGAGAAAGAUAAGCAACGGGAGCCCCCAGAAUAAGAGCGGAGGAGGUGGUAUCGGGGGAGGAGGAGGAAACGUGGGACAGAAGUUUGGCGAGUUCCUGGCGAUUAGCGGGUCGUUGCUGGGAAGCAAGAAGCCCGGGAGUGACACGAGUAUAAAGUCUGCUUCUAGUAAUACAGAAGCAGCUUCGUCCUUGUCUUCGACUUCCAUCUCAUCAUUGACCAAGGAGUCGAUAACCUCUGGCAUCAAGAUGGCAAAGAUGACAGGGACGAUGCUGUUCUCGAAAAAGGACUCUUCAGCAUCAUUAAUAUCGCCCAAGGCACCCAAAUCAUCGCUCUUGGCCAGCAUUUUCAGCCCUGACAGCCGUCCACAACCACACCUACCUCACUCGCCCUCUCGCUCAAUGCCAAUGCAGCACACCAGUAACAACCACACCAAGGAGGGCAGCAACAAUUUGCCACUCUCACCUAUGGACCACGACAUGGGUGUUGACGACUAUGGAUAUCCUACAGGAACGCAACAGCAACAGCACGGUCGUCACCAGCACAACGGGUCUUCAUGGGACAUGGUCGAUGACGACAAGAUUGUCAAUUGGGAGCUGAACAAGACAAUACCGACAUCAUAUUACGAGGACGAGGCGUUUGGUCUUUGGAUCCGACCCAACCAUGAAGCCCGCACGACUAUCAGUGGCGCCGAUGUUGAGAAGGCCGAGAAGGAAGGUCGAGACAAUAUUACAACCAGCUAUCCGAAUGCAGGAGCCAAGAAGAAGAAUCGACCAGAGCUGGAGGACAUGGAAGUCCUCGAGGAGGUCCUUGACUUUUCAAUUAUUAUUCUCAUGCGGGCAUCGGCCAGUCUGUAUCCAUUCAUUUCCAGUGCACACUCAAAGUCGAUCCCCUUCAACAUCCUAUGGAGAUCUCUUCAAUUCAAGGAGCGCAGCUUCAGGCAUCAGAACAUCCGGGCUCUCAAGGAGUACCAGGACUAUGUGAUGGCCGACAUUGGAUGUGCCAUUCAGGCCAUGAACGAGAUUUAUGACCAGCUGGAGCGGCCCUUUGGUCACCCGGACAACUUUGCCCGCGAUACCAAACCCCGCCCCGGAGUUCGAUCGCCUCCUGUCAUCAUGCCUCCCAAUCGUGUCAUACAGCUUACUGCAAACAACAUCAAAAAUGGCAUUCUAUCCAAGGGACCUGCUCAUCAUGCGAGUGCCAUGCACAACAUCAACACUAGCAACGGUGGUCAUCUCCUCAAUGGCAGCAACCUGCAUAUCCAAAGCCCUCAAAAGCACAUCUCGAACCAACAACAGGCACUUUUAACUCCUUCGUCGGUAGCUUCGCCGUUCAAGAAGCAUCGUCAUCACACGUCUGUCCCUGGAGGUCGACCAACCAUCGCGAGCAUGAUCACGUCGAUCAAGCAGAGUAUCCCUUCACCCAUCUCACUACACUCUGCGCAAUCUGCCCGGGGUAAUAGUACCGAAGGCGGGUACAGUCAUCCGUACUACUCUUCCUACCCAGAUGGAACACCUUUCCUGUCAGGGUUCCCUGCAGGUGUACCCACGUCGUACAGCCAGGCGACUUCGCCAGAUUCCCAUUACCAGUCGUCGAUCACGCAUACGUUCACUAGCAGCUUCUUGAGCUCAACUAGCAGUGGUGGUUGCAGUAGCGCCGGCAGCAAUCAUAGCGGAGGAAGUCACUACAGCUUUGCGGGAUUAGGCGGUGUGGGUGGAAAUGGAGGUGGAGGUGGAGGUUUUCUCCCACAAUCAAUCCAGACGGUGAUCAACUCUUUCAGGCACUCGGCGAUCGGAGGCGGAGGAGGAGGAAGUAUUGUAGGAGGGCACCCUCUAGUCUCUUCAUCGAGCUCGCAGUUCAUGGCCCACCCAUCCAACCUCGCCAUCUCCCCCGUUCCGCUGACCAAGCAAGAAGAAAAACGCCUACAUCUCGAGAACCAGUGGCGGGUCGACAUCAUGCGCCGCAAAGCCCAUCUCCGCGGGUGGGCCUGUCGCUCGUUCAUGACCCUGUACGAAUUUUCACUCCAGAGUGCGGCGUCGUCGUUACAUGAAGAGUUCAAAGACUUGUACCGCAUCAUCCGAGCGAUUGUUGAAGUUGAUGCGACAGCGACGGAGAAAUCACACGAGAUCCUGGCGAUGGUGUUGGCGCAAGCUCAGGAGUGCGAGAAGGAGCCCUUUCAGCUGCGGUAUAAUCAGUACAGUACCCCUGCGCCGACUGGGAAGGAGAUCCGCGAUGCGAAUGAGGAAGCUAUCCGAAAGUUUGAGGCCGUGUUUAAGGAGGAGGAAUCUAAGGAACCGGUUGUAGCAGCUGCUACAGCUCAACAGAUGACGCGUGGGGUUGCUGAUAGUGCCGGCAGUCAUCAGGGACAAGGGUCAUUUAGGUUGAGCCUUAAUGGUGUGGACCAUGACGACCGGGUGGCACCUUUGAGACCUGUCGUCACAGUGGCGAGUGGACGUGUACGCGACGGAUCAUCUCUUUCAGGUGCAUCCUCCAUUUCUUCAACCUCAUCCCCGUCGUCGUCAGGAUGUACCCCUUCGUUGACAUCCUGUUCAUCAAACUCCUCGUCACCAACAACGCUAUCAGCGACUUGCUACUCAUCCGCCUACGAGAACAUGGACCUCUUUGGCCUGCAGCGUCACCCUGUCUGGGACCCGCUCAUGGACCGCCUCACAAAAUUCGACACCACGCACCACGAAUUGGAUGCCCGCAACAUCUUCCACUUUUUCCGACGCAUGAGUCUGGACUACCCUUCGGUUUCUGAACCACCCUGCAGAGACGUCCUUGCCGACGAGUCCCGCGAUGAACUCCUGGCAGUUCUGUGGGUACUCGAGAAAUGUGUCCGCGAAAGACCUGACGCGCACCAAUCACCCACAUGGUUCCGGCUAUCGUCGAGCGUAAAUGCGGUUCAGGCGGUCUUCCGGGCUGGUGGAGUGAUCCCUUACUUGAAGGAAUUGCAGGAGAAGGAUAUAAGGCACCGGGAUCCAAUCCAGACGGUACACCCUGUUACACUCACGGGCUACUUUAAGAGACUGCUGAAAGAUUGCGGAGGGUUGCUGCUCAAGGAGACCACGGCCCUGUUCGUCGAACUCGCUCGUCCCGCUACAGACAACGGAGAUUUCUGGAACCUGGAAAAACUGAGUAGGAUCGACCGCGCAUUGCUGUAUCGCGUCAUCUGCCUGGACUACAACCGCGGCAGAGUGUUCCUCAGAAUCUCACGAGUCAUGGAACAAAUUCUCGAGUCAUCACCCAAAGAUAUGGAACUGGAUGCGUUUGCGUUGUCAAAAAUGGUCCAGGUGGUUGAGUUGAGUGGCGUGUUGGAUCUGAAGGCCUUGCGGAGAUAUUUGAUCAUCUGGGAGAUGAACGCUCAUUUGACAUGA